CAAAUACUACGGAUAAUUGAAGAUCAACCAUUGCUUAUGUGUUGCUAUUGGAUAACAGUAAAUUGAUGAAUCUAUUACCAGUAUGGCUCUUACUGAAGCUAAAUCAGGAGCUAGGGCAAGAUGGUCACUGGCAUAUUCCAACUUGGCUGGGCCUCCAGUAGAAUUAACUAGAAAAUAUGGAAAUAUUAUAGAAGAAUUAGAUAUGAGUAACAACAGAGUUUCAGAUUUAAGGUUUUUAGCAGAUUUUCCUAAAUUAAACACAUUAGUUGUUGAUCACAAUGCCAUUCAUUCUCAUGUUAAAAUACCAUAUAUGCCUGGUUUACAUACAAUAUGGUUAAAUCAUAACAGUGUUAAAAACCUAGGUAUAUUUCUAGAAACAUUAUCAAAGAAUUGUCCCAACUUACGAUAUCUAUCAUUAAUGAAUAAUGAAGCAGCACCUAGUUAUUUCAAUGGUGGAACAUUACAACAAUAUACAGAAUUUAGGUAUCUAGUAAUAAGCAGUCUCUCUAAACUAGAAUAUUUAGAUUUUCAACCUGUCACACAACAAGAAAGAAGAGAAGCAGAAAAAGCUUACAGUAUUAAAGUGAAGAAAAAAACAUCAAAAGGGAGCAUAAAAAAGUCCAGUACUGAAAACCUAUCUUAACUAUCAGCCUUUUGGACGCAUACAUGUGUGUCUAUAAACUAAGUGACAUGUUUAAAUAUUUACAUAAUGCUAUUUGUGGGUAUUAGCAUUUGUGAUAAAUAAGAAACAAUCCCUGAUUAUAAUAUUAUCGUAUUAUAUAAUGAUAAACUAUUUGGAUAUUCAAAAUUCCCCUUGAACACCUCAACAUCGAAGUUUUUGAUUCAUAGCUUGUGAUCGCAAAUAUAUGAUGCUUUAAUGUUAUUAUUUCAUAUAUUUCUAUUUAUUUAUUGACUAUUUUACUAGUGUGUGCAAUGUACUUAAUUAUUUUUUAAUGAUCUGGAUGUCUGUUUGAUUUCUGAGGGGGUUUGAUCUUUACAAAAUAAAAUUAAUGCAAUAUUUGUC